CUAGGUGCUGUUUUUCUUCAGCUCUGCCAAGUUUUGCAACUUGCAGAACAUCCAGUUGUUCAGUAACUUGUAGAUCCCAGUCUUUUCAUCCAUCGUUUUACAAAACUUUUGCUGGGAAGAAGAAAUAAUGAUGUCUCGGACACAGCUUUACGCAUUGUAGCUAGCAUGAAGAGAGAUUGGAUGCAGACUAGGAGGAAGCCAAGCGGAUUAUGUGGUGCAGCAUUAUACAUUGCUGCACUCUCUCAUGGGUGUAAUUACACCAAGGCAGAUAUUGUCUCUGUUGUGCAUGUGUGUGAGGCCACUCUAACGAAGCGAUUGAUAGAGUUCGAAAAUACAGAUUCUGGCAGCUUAACAAUUGAAGAAUUUCUGGCAACAGCUGAUGAAUCUAAUGAAGAGCCUGUUUCAAAACAUUUGCCCAAGUCUGGAGAAAUUCUCUGCAAACACAAGGAACUUGAAGAGCUAAGCUGGGAGACACUGGAACUUCUUGUGGUACCUCAUAUAUUCAGGUGGAAGUCAUAG